UCUGUGCAAGCCAAGCCCACUCCCUCCUCAUCGCUCUAACCAAUGAGUUUGAGUGGAAAAUAUCGGGCAGCGUGUAUGAGAGCGGAUUAAACAAGUGUGUUGAGGAGUAAAGAGGGUCUGCAGAGUCUUAAAAGCGCACCCCCACCACCUUCAUGUCCUGUCUGUCGUCUUCUCCGAGGAAUCUUUUCUUUUUGUGACAUCUGUACCAAGUCAGAAGAGCCUGUCUCCUGUGAGUGUUCCACGUCUUUGCUGAGCUGCCUCCACCCGACCACUUCCUCUCCCACCUCUCUGAGCUACAAACAGCCUCCCUACACACUGCUCCGCUGGUUGGCAGUUCCUCUUGUCCUGAGCCAGGAUGAAUGAUGUUCAGGAGGCCACCUCCCCUGCGACCAGCCUUAGUGGUCCAGCUACCUGUGUCUCCAAAGUAGAGUUGCGUGUGUCUUGCAAAUCUCUGCUCGACCGAGACACAUUGAACAAGUCAGAUCCAUGUGUGAUCCUCAUGGUGCAGACCAAUGGACAAUGGACAGAGCUGGACAGGACAGAGGUGAUCAAGAGCAACCUGCAUCCAGUCUUUGGUAAAGUUUUCUCUUUGGACUACUACUUUGAGGAAGUUCAGAAGCUGAGAUUUGAAGUCUAUGACAUCCAUGGCACUCACAGCAUCGGGACCCGCGAUGACGAUUUCCUGGGUGGGGUGGAGUGUACUCUUGGUCAGAUUGUCGCACAGAAGAAGAUGGUGAAGCCUUUGUUGCUGAAGUAUGGGAAAUAUGCCGGAAAAUCCACCAUCACUGUGCACGCUGAGGAAAUUUCUGGCAAUAACGGAUAUGUGGAGCUCUCCUUCUGUGCCAAGAAGCUUGAUGAUAAGGAUCUCUUCAGUAAGUCAGAUCCAUUUUUGGAAAUAUACAGAAUCAAUGACGAUGAAACAGAGCAGCUUGUACACAGAACUGAGGUGAUUAAAAAUAACCUAAAUCCUGUGUGGGAGCCUUUCAAAGUGUCUCUGAUAUCCCUGUGCAGCUGCGAUGAAGACCGUAAGCUCAAGUGCCUAGUGUGGGAUUAUGACUCCAGGGGGAAGCACGACUUCAUCGGCGAGUUCUACGCCACUUUCAGGGAAAUGCAGAAAAUUUCCAGUGGAAAUAAGGUAACGUGGGAUUGUGUGAAUCCCAAGUACAAACAGAAGAAGAGAAACUAUAAAAAUUCAGGAGUUGUCAUACUCAGUGACCUCAAGCUCCACAGAGUGUACUCCUUCUUAGAUUACAUCAUGGGUGGAUGCCAGAUUCACUUUACGGUUGCCAUUGACUUCACAGCCUCCAAUGGAGACCCCAGGAACAGCUGCUCGUUGCACUACAUCAACCCAUACCAGCCCAACGAGUACCUGAAGGCUCUCAUAGCAGUGGGGGAGAUCUGUCAAGACUAUGAUAGUGACAAAAGAUUUUCAGCUUUGGGGUUUGGUGCCAGAAUUCCUCCAAAUUAUGAGGUGUCUCAUGACUUUGCCAUUAAUUUCAACCCAGAAGAUGAUGAAUGUGAAGGGAUCCAGGGGGUGGUGGAGGCGUACCAGAAUUGCCUUCCUAAGAUCCAACUGUAUGGUCCGACCAAUGUCUCACCGAUCAUUAACAGGAUAGCCAAGCUGGCAGCGGGCGAUGGCAACAUUAAAGACGCCUCGCGUUACCACAUCCUGCUCAUCCUGACGGAUGGUGUAGUGACAGACAUGGCAGACACACGUGAAGCCAUUGUACGAGCCUCCUACCAGCCUCUGUCCAUAAUCAUUGUCGGCGUGGGCAACGCAGACUUUACAGACAUGCAGAUCUUGGAUGGAGAUGAUGGAGUCCUGCGCUCACCAAAGGGCGAGCCUGUUCUUCGGGAUAUUGUACAAUUUGUGCCCUUCAGGGACUUCAAAAUGGCUUCACCAGCAGCCCUGGCCAAAUGUGUCCUGGCAGAGGUUCCCAAACAAGUAGUGGAGUACUACAGCCAUAAGGCCAUCUCCCCAAUGUGUCCUAUGAGGGACUUACACACACCCAUCCUCAGCCCACUGGCCACCAGCCCAACAGAAUAACCACCCAUCCAGGCCAGUCCAGGGGACCAAGCCUUGACCACAGCACCCAUCCAGCGAGCUGAGAAGGAGAGAGGACGCACAUCUCACUGUUUUGAACAAGGACCGAGGAAAAAUGUCUCUAAAUGUGCUGUUACUCAUUCACUUCAUUUUUCACUCCUAUCAGCGUGUUUACAUGAUGGAAAUUUGACAGAAACUGCAAGUUAUGUUUUUCUGCACAGUGUGGAUCCAGCUCAUUCUUCUGGCUGCACAAAUUGUCAGUUCAGCUGCAUCAGCAUCAGAGUCCUUGAGGAUUUUUCCCCUCUAAUUUUUAUGCAUGCAGGCCAGUCCUUCAGAGCUGAUUUAUUGAUCGGAUGCAGGUGUGUCAUUCCACGCUGCCUCUGAAAUUCAACACAGGAGCUCUGCCUGUUAUUUUACUGACUCUUUUUAAUCACUUCAUGUUAAAGAUGCACUGAACAGCUGAGCAGAAUCAGAAUUAGAUUACUUAUCCUCAGUGAAAUUAAAAUAUUUAUCAAAGAUGUUAUAAAUGAAUCAAAUGUACAGGUACCAAGUACCAUAAUUGUAUAUACAGACCUACUGUUAUUAUGGCAUGAACAAAAAAAACCCACAAUCCCAAACCAUCCUACAAUCAGAAGCCAUGACAGUUGUCAGUGACAAUUUAGAAAUGCUCAUUUUUCAACUAAACUAUAAGGACACUUUAGAAUUUAAUGCUAAAGCUAAACACCGUUCAAAAGUACACAAAAUAUUCCCUACAAACUAAACAUAUCAGUAGGAAUAAUGUCUGUGGCUACCAGUUAGUAACUGCAGGUUGCUUGGUUAGUGUACUCAUUAUAAAAUAAUACAACAAUAGUUGGUUAGUUUUAAUUAGGUCUGUUUAAGGGCCAUUAGGGAAAACAUCAGCAUCAGAAAUAUAUUUGUAUAGCUCUGAUUUGCCAUGACUUCAAAUUUGCCAUAUUUGGAAACAGUCGCUAGCAUAUUAUAACCCUGUCUCCCAGAGUUAAGUUAAUAUGCAAUUAAAAUGCAGAUCCAUUCAUCUAGUGUAAUAAAUAUACUGUAAAGAAUAUACAAGUCCUCAGCAAUUACUAAUGAUGUUACAAUUUAAUGAGGUGGUUUUAGAUAAUUAGUCAUGACUAACCACAAACAGUUUCAUAAUGUCAUUGUCCAGACCAACUGUUACUGUAAAUGGAGUUGGCAGAUAUUAUAGAAGAAUGAAAUGCAUUGAAAUGAAAAAGUUACAUUUACAUACAGAUGCAACAUUUUAAGCACAUUGGUAUUGUGUUAAUUAAUAACAUUUAGUUAUUUUAUUGAAACAAAAUAUAGCGUGGGUGGCAUUACAUUACAAAUAGUUACAGUUUAUUGCAUAUAAAUGUAAUUUCUGUGAGACAGGGUUGUACAGGGACAUAAAAACUUUGGUAUUCUGUGAGCUGAAGCUCUUAGUGUGUUUUUUUCAUUUAUGACAGGGAGAUAGGAAGUUAUAGUCAGACGAGGUGUGCAGUAAGGUCAUGAGCUUUCAGGCUGAAGUGGGAGAUGUGUUUGUGCUGUAACAAGGUUGCAAAGGGCUGCCUUUUUCUGAGGUUAGCUGUGAACAGACCCCGAAUAACAUUUUUCUCUAAGAGAAGAUGAAUGAUCACACCCUAUUUUUGAUCUUUUGUCAAGUGGCUAUGGUAUAAGAUUUCCAUUCCCUCUGAAAUGUCUGUGAUUGUUCCCUAAACCAGCCAUCCUGCUCACAGCAUUCUUCAUGUGCAGCACAUUUCCAUAUUUUUCCUUCCUGCUGCUUUUUAUGUGCAGUAUAAUUCUAUUAGGUGUUUCAUGAUAAUUUUAAUUGUAAGCUCAUUGAUUGGAUCACAUGAAAGCACAAAGCCGAUCACAUGGAGCACUGCAACAUAAAAAAAAAAAAAUAAUGUUUAUAAAGCCAGCUCUUGUAUCUAACAGUGAAAAUAAUUAUAGAAGUUAAAUAAAAUACUGUUCGUUUUUUCCAAGCUUACUCAGUGAUAUAUAAAAUUGUAUUUUACCCAAAGAAGUGUUGAAAAGGUUUGCUACUGUUACCCACGUGCAUUCCCAGAACAUGCUGUUCUACAAAAGUGAAAUCUUGGGACUCUUGCCUGAAGGAUCACUAUUUACUAGAAGAGAGGAAGGCUUUGUAUGAUUCUCUUUUGAUUUUUUUAAUGUCCAGCAUAUUCAAAAAUUUAUAACUUCACUCUUGUCUCAGCAGACUUCUCAUGUAUUCUUCAUAGUGUGCAGAGUGUUACCUGUAUUCAAAAAGAAAAAACUGCAUUGUGUUUAGAUAUCAGUAUUUUUACAGAAGACGUGCUAAUGGCUACUGCCUUUCGUACUGAUUCUGUGUUACAGCAAACAUUCACUGUUUGAGAUGCUAAUAUUAUUGUAAAUGUCUGAUAUACUAUAGGCACGUAAGUGGCCUAAACUUAAGCGAUCAUUUGGUCGGGUCAUAUGUAAUUACAUUUUCAAAUAGUGCAGGAGAUAUCAGCUAAAUGUUGCAGUUUAGUGUUGAAAAGGACUGAAUGUGUCCUUAGUUUUCAACAGCUCACCCUGGCGUUUAACAUUUUUAUCUUAUGUAAGAAACCUUGCCAUUUAUCAGCUAAACAGCUUGAAAAAAAGAAAUAAAUAAAUGCUUUUGAGGUUUGAAUCAAAUAAAGAUGCCAAAUGAUUUUUUCUAAGUUUGAGCACUUUUAGUUUUAUCAGUAUUUUAAAGAAGCUCACUAUGAUUACAAAGAAAGUAUUAAAAAGUGGAGCAUUUAAUGAAAAAAGGAAGUGCGACUGGGAUAAAAAACCCUGUCUUUUUGGACAUCAUACUGUACGAUAAUAUGAUGAAGUCUGGUUGGAUAGUUCAUGACUUGCUGUAUGUUUAAGUGAUGACUCUAAGCUUUGUAUAUUUGCUGUGUGUUAUUGCAUUUAUCUUAAAUGGUGUUUUUGUGCUCUGAACAGCUCUGAUUGGUGACUAAUUCACUUGGCCAGAAACCAAGCUGUCUCCAUUAUCAAAUGCACAGGAAGAAUUUCUCCUCUUUACAGUGAAUCUAAACAAACACGCCCUGAGAUAAAAAUAUGAAUCUGACUUUGACUUGUCCUCUAGAGCUUUACCACAUACAGACUAUUGAAUUCCCAUGAAUGCACCUAAACACAGCUGGCUGCUAUUGGCUGCUCUCUCAGUUCCUUUGAAGAUCACAACUAUCGAGGAUUCUUCUGUCACUGUGGAUCACAGGAUGACGUCUAUUGAUUCAGCCAACCCAGAUCUGGAGCCAUACUCAGUCUCUCGAAUGUAAAUGACCCUGGAAGGACUUUGGCCGCACAUCUGAAGUUUAGCUCCAUGUGACUCGUUUACAACCAGAUGGGAAUAGAUGCAAGAAUCUACAAAGUGCUGUAACAAACAGCGAUGAUAUUAUACACAUUUAUUUACUGAGAAAGCUUGUUUUGUCUGUAUGAUGACUUUAUUGUAUAUUCAAAACCAAACACGUCAUUUUGUUUUUUAUUUCCAUACAGAUUCAUCACUCAUUCAUGAGUCACUUCAAUGAUUAUUGAUUUCCAAAAAACUUAAAGCACAACUGGUGUGAGGAAAAAGUUGUGUGCCGUUUUCAUUAACAAUCACAUUAACUUUUAUCUGAAGAACAGAUGAUUGUGGAGAGAAUGCAGAGAAAGGGAAAUUUUGAGGUGAAAGCAACCAGAGUCACAGAGGGACUCAAACCAGGACAACCAAUUCAGCAGAAGAAAAUGUUGCCAGUGCACGUUUCUGCUAAGCACAAAAUAAGCAAACAAGCAUGUUUCAUAGGAACAUUUCUCACUAUGUGUACAUUCACAUUCAUGGCCCUUUUCCACUGUCUGUAACAGCAAUGAUCUUCUUAUGUAGCUUAUGUUUAAUGACUUUUAAAGUUAGGUUUUUGGGAGAGAUAUUAGGGUUUGGUUUAAGACAGAAAUGUUCACAAAUAUGU